CCGACGGGAAGUGCCGCCACAACCACCACGAUGAUCGACACCACCACCGUCACUGGGUAGUGCCGAUGGAGGCCCGAGGGCUGCCGGGAUCUAUGGCGUCCGCCUCCGCUGCCGGAUCCACUCCUCGCCGACUCCGACCUCCUCUGCGCCAUUGGAGCAAUGGCGCACCAGGGAUCUACCUCCCUUUGCGCCAAACCCGACCGACGAUCUUGUACAAAAACACAGAACCUAACAGCGCAGAGCCCCCAACGAGCGACACGAGGCCUUUUUCCGCUUUUGUUCAGCGCUCGCCUGCUCUCGUCUCGUGCCGUCUCCGCCUUCAAUCAGAGCGGAGCAUUCAACACCCUCCUCUCUAGAGAGGAGCUCAGCGCAGCGCAACGGCGGAGGCGAUGGGGCGGCCGAGGCCCAAGAGAGGGGAGCGCCGGAUCGACGCCGCCAUUGACCACCUCGCUCAGUACGGUUUCCGCAGGCCCCAAAUCCGCAAGAUCAUCAACAACCUCCUACAGCUGUACGGGAGGGAUGGCUGGGUGUUCCUGGAGGAGGGAUCAUACCGUGUUGUGCUUGACAAACUUCUGGAAGAACAGGGGCAGCUGGAGAAACAAGAAGAAGCUGCGGAGGACAAGGCAACACCAGAACAUGAUAUGGAAGCUUCACAAGCAGUGAAUAGUGAGGCACCAACUGAAACUCAGUCAGCCGUUGAACAGAAAGCUUCUCCCAAUAGUUUUCCUCCCCAGGAACAUGUACUGCCACUACCUCCAGCUACAAGAGCUGCUCCUGCAAGGCUUCCCUGCUAUGGAUGGAUCAGUGAAGAGUCUGAGACAGAGAGUGAAUCAGAGGAUGAAGAAAUGCUUUCAGAUGGACCAAGGCCGGCAAUUGUCCCACAAAAGGAUGUACCAGAUCCUGCAGAAACCUUGACUUCUAAGAGGAAGCGGCCAACUAGAUGGGAUGUGCGCCCUAACUGGGGCUGAGAUCAACUGACCAUAAGAUGGUGGCCUUCGAGGAUGGAGAACUCUUAGCGCCGGGAGCAAGAUGUCAAUCCAUGAAUUGACUUUGACCUGUAUCUUGUACAUGUAGAACUAUCUAGCAGGGAGCAGCAGACAGUAUGGGACGAUGUAGCUGAUGUGUUGUUGCAGAUUUUUACUGUCCGACAGUGCCUGUGCAUGUCAGACCUAUGUAGAAACUUUGAUCCCUCCUUAUUAUGUUGUGUCAUAUGACUAGUUUUUUAGCUAAAGCAUAUAUGCCUAACUUGGUGGCAUUUGCUUUAGGAUCUGAUCAUGGAUUCUCUUAAAUUAAAUUAGUUAAUAAUUUAGCCGUUGGAAGAUCUA